AUGACCCAUACUAAGGUGACCGUUCUGUUUAUUUUGGCACUCUCUGGGGUUUUUGCCACAGUGAAGGAAGACAAGGUUGCCAUCCAGUACAAAUCCUUACCUGAUUCAUCGACAGAAAUAACAAAUUCUGCAGAAAAUUUUCUCUUGGAUGCUAGUGAUUUGGGCAAAUAUGGAGACUACUGCAGACUCUUUAAGGAUGUCAAAGACGUUAAUAAUUUACUUCGAAGGUUUCCAAAAAGAAUGAGAACAGGUGAUUAUGCGAUUCUAAAUUUGUUGAAACGGUGCAUCCUUUAUGACAUUGCAAUGCAAUCAAAAUUCUCCGGAUCAAAGAGAGCUGACGACAAUGGGUCGGAGAUGCCUUUCAAACCCGAGAAGACCGGUCAGGCAGCGGGGUCAGGGGCUACUGGGAUUGGAAUAUUCCCAGGAACCAAAUGGUGCGGACUUGGGAACAAAGCAAAGUCCUACACAGAUCUAGGAAAAUUCAACGCAACAGAUGCCUGCUGUCGAACCCACGAUCACUGCCCUUACUUCAUUGACCAUUUUGAGGAGAAAUACAACUACCGUAACCCUUAUCCCUGGACGCUGAGCCAUUGUGACUGUGAUACCAAGCUCUACAAUUGUCUAAAGUCUGUCAACACGACCGCCGCAGAUGAGGUUGGAAAGCUGUUUUUCGGACUGCUGAACGUGAAUUGCUUUACCUUUCAUAAAGGGCAGUACUGUCAGCAGGAGCACUGGUCCCAUCUGUUCUGCGAGAAAUAUACAACCGGCGAACGGGCCGUCACUCAAACAUUUCCUCACAAAUGGAGCGAUACUAUCGGAUAAAUACUUUAUUCAUAAACAUUAAAUAUU